AUGAUCGGGGAUCAUUACAUUAAUGUUGUUCCAUGGCGCAAGGGUUUCGAUCCUAGGGUCCACUCCAUCACCUCGACGCUUGCUUGGCUACAGCUCCCAGAUUUACCAAUCGAGCUAUAUCACCCUGAGGCGGUCCUUCGCAUUGCAAGUCGGGCAGGGAGACCGAUUCGCCUUGAUCGAGCUACUGAAACAGGAGCUAGGGCGAAGUUUGCCCGAGUUUGUGUGGAAAUUGACCUGACGAAACCGCUCCUCUCCAAGUUUAAAGUAGUCGGGCUGGAGUACGAAAUCAAGUAUGAAGGGCUACAUAAUGUGUGUUUCCAAUGCGGGAGAUAUGGUCAUAGCCAAGCCAACUGCUCGAGUAAUCAUUCGGGGGGUCAGACGCAAGAUGCAAAUACCAAUAGUGACUGGGGGUAG